CCAGCUCGCACCUCCCCUCCCCCUCCCCGCUCUCUCCCUGCGCGCCCCCACCCUCCGCCCCGCGCUCGCCUGGCGCGCAGGCAACGGCCGGCGGGGCGCUGGGAGCCGGGCGCGGGCGGCGCUCGCCUCUGCGGAGCCGCCCCCCGGCCGCCGCCGCGCAUUGCCCAACCCGCGCCGCCAGCGCUGCCGCCGCCCGGCUGCCGUCCCGGGUGUGCCGCGGUCGCCGGAGCCCGGACGCCGGCCCCGAGCAGCCCCUCAGACGGGCGAGCGGCUGUGGACGUCCGGCCAGCAGCCCGCAGCAUGGAUUCGGAUUCCGGCGAGCAGAGUGAAGGCGAGCCCGUGACCGCCGCAGGUCCCGAUGUUUUUAGUUCAAAGAACCUUGCCCUUCAAGCCCAGAAGAAGAUCCUGAGCAAAAUCGCCAGCAAAACCAUGGCAAAUAUGUUGAUCGAUGACACUAGCAGCGAGAUCUUCGAUGAGCUCUACAAAGUCACCAAAGAGCACACCCACAACAAGAAGGAAGCCCACAAGAUCAUGAAAGACUUGAUCAAGGUGGCAAUCAAAAUUGGAAUCCUCUACCGACACAACCAGUUCAGCCAGGAGGAGGUGGUCGUCGUGGAAAAGCUCAGGAAGAAGCUGAACCAGACCGCCAUGACCAUCGUCAGCUUCUACGAGGUGGAAUACACGUUUGACAGGAACGUGCUCUCCAAGCUCCUGCACGAGUGCAAGGACCUGGUGCAUGAACUGGUGCAGCGACACCUGACGCCCCGGACCCACGGGCGCAUCAACCACGUCUUCAACCACUUUGCCAAUGUGGAGUUCCUCUCCACCCUUUAUAGUCUGGAUGGAGACUGUCGGCCCAACCUCAAGAGAAUGUGUGAAGGAAUCAAUAAGUUGCUAGAUGAGAAAGUCCUCUGAAUGCCUUCUCUCCUCCCAGACUUUGCUGAGUCCCAGUUGCAGCACCAGUAUGGUCCAGGUUCGAAUCAAGAAACCAGGAAACCCUUGUCUGAGAUGCCCAUGUCCUACCCUAGUUCCCCGUCUGCCGUUGAUGCCGAUUUCACUCAGGUGUGUUUCUCCCCUGAGCCCACUGACGAGCUCUGUACUUCCAGUCACCUUGGUCAGCCAGCCCAAAGGACAUUUCAUCUCUUCUCAGCAAAGGCUGCUGUGCUCAUCGAGGUGAGCUCGCUUCAUCUUGGGGAAUGGAAGGAGCCCUGGACCAGGAGCUGGAGGACAUGGAUUCGGUUCCUGGCUUCACUGGGACAGCUAUCCUCAGGAUCCUGGGACCACGAUGCCCACCUCCCAGGGCUGCUGGGAGGUUCAAAUGAGGCAACAUAUGUCCACACUUUUGAAAACUCUAAUGUAAGGUCUUAUUAUUUUCUCUCUGGAAUGUGAGAGGGAUCCACCUGGAUUUAGACUACUAAGCAGCAGAGAAGAAAAGAAUAAUAGUAUCUAGUGGUCAGGGUUUACAGUCUGUCUCUAGAUGUGCUGUUUCAGACACAAACGAAUACAAAGGUGUGAAAAAGCAUAGCAGCAGACUGGAAAAAUGUUUUCCAAGAGCUGUGUUUUUAGGUCCCAGAUGCAGGUUUAUGAUCCUGCAGAGGGAGUCUUUCCAGUGAGGUGGGGGUGUGGAGAUUUUCCCACUCCUGACGCAGGGGCAGAGAACUGUGCUCCCUGCAGGCUAGGCCUCCCCCUCUGAGGGGUGGCGCCCAUGAGGUGAGGUGUGGGAGGGCUCAUCCUGGCAGCGUGGGAGCCGAGCAGAAGGAACCCCUAUCCACCUCUCCUGGCCUUUCACAUCCCAUUGUGCUAGUUUCUUUGGUUCAUCAAUAAAUUGAAACAACCCUUCAAA